UUUCAGUACCAAAAGCGGUAACCCCAAGCUACACUCGGGAAUUACCUGCAGCGUUGCAUAGGGAGUCCCUGCAGCGCUUACCUUGUUCUUCGCUCCCGCGAUGUGUCCCCUGCAGCGUCCCCGGCCAUCUCCUCCGGCCGAUGCCGGCUUCCGUGUUCCGGUCCCUGUGACGUCGGGAUGUACGGGCGGCGGCAAAUUUGACAUUUUUUUUAAAAAUUUCAUUUUUUUUAAAAUGAUUAUUACAUAUGCUUUGUCCUGUGCCCUGCCUGCAUUUUGACUGUUCUUUCUG